UUAUGUCUUUGUUAGGUUUUGAAAACUCCGACUCGUUUUUCUGCGAAUCGGUUCUUUUAAAUAAUUAGUUUAAAUUCUCGGUACACUUUGAAUGAAUUGUUCAUACCGAUUUUGUGAAUCAAUUCAACUGGAUCACUGAAGAGAUUCAACUCAAAAGAAAGAUUCGGUCACGUCAGUUUACAACGAGUCAUUGUCACACUGUGCGUGCUGUAGCGGACUGAGAGACACAUUUGAAGCCGAAAUGAAGGACCGUCUGGGCGAUUUAACAGCCCUCUGUCAUGACAUCAUCAUCAUCGCUCCUGUGGAGUCCAGUGGUUUCCUAGAGGAAUUCCUCCUUAAGGUUAACGAGGUUCAGCAACUUAUCGAGAGAAUUUCCCUCAGUGUGGAAGAAGUGAAGCUGAGACAUAGUACCCUUUUGACAGAAAUCAACCCACCGAACUAUGUGAGAGAGGAACUUGAGCAGUUUAGCAGGGACAUCAAGCAGACAGCCGAUCUAAUCAAGGUUAAACUAAAAGAUUUAGAAGGAAAAUUCUCAGAGAAUGAGAAUGCUAACAGCAGCUCUGUGUACUGCCGUAUCCAGAGUACUCAGCACACAGUACUUUCACUGAGGUUUGCAGAAAUAAUGAAUAUGUACAAUCAAGAACUGCUAUCUUUCCGGACGAGGAGUAAAGAUUGGAUACAAAGACAGCUGGAGAUCAGUGGCAAGAUCAUCACUGAAGAAGAGACUGAGGUUUUGCUGCAAAGUAACAACCCUGCUGUUUUUACCUCAAACAUCAACUCUGGCUCCUGCAUCACGGGGCAAGCACUGAAUGAUAUUGAGUUACGGCAUAAGGAUAUUCUCUAUCUGGAGGCCAGCAUUCGAGAGCUGCAUAGCAUGUUUAUUGAUAUAGCCAUGUUAGUCAAUAGCCAGGGUGAAAUGGCAAACAACAUAGCAAAGACUGUAAUGAAAGCUGAAAACUAUGUAGAUCAAGGGAAAGAGAAUAUGGUAAAAGCGGUUGAUUACAAGAAGUCCUGGAGAAUAAGACUGCCUUUAUUCAAGAGCAAAGCGAAACCAGCUACCAGCAAGGGCUCUUGAAUGAACUUUGAACUUUGGAACCUUUGGACUCUGUGUGCUGCUUACUUUGGUGGUCUAUGAAAAUGAAGGAUUCAUACUUGCCUUUUCUUAAAAAAUCCUGUUGUGCCACAGUUCUAUUCUACUCCCUUUACUGUAUGUUUGCUGAUCAGAUCAUUUUAAGCUGUCUGAGGGAUUGCCUCAGCCCAUUUACAAACAAACGGCUCCUAUUUCUUUCUGCUUACAUGAUUAAUGAUUAAGCCUGCUGUCAGAUAGCCUUUUUCUGACACAAUAUGACAAAACUCAAGUGGGUGUCAAGAGGUGUGUUAAUAUGUACUGAUUUUCCUCAUUAGGAAUAUACAUGCUACAGUAUAUAAUACAUGCAUUACAUCCU